AAUACAUACAACUCCUCCACUGUUGGCUUCUUGGCUCUUCCUCUGACUGACUCCAGUCUCCAGCGUCCAGCCCUUAUUCUUUCCGUCGGUUUCCGAUCUGUCUGCCAUGGCUUCUUGAUCAGAAACUGCGCAAUUGAAGUUUAUUUUCGGUAGAGGCUGUUGAAUCAUAUGAAGUUUCUUCUGUACAAUGCUACCAGUGUUAAUUGGAGUGUUCUGUCCGUACACUUUCUUGAUAUACUUGAACUUUGCAGUGUGAACAAGAUGUUAAUGUGUUGGACAGGGUUUGAGAAACACCGAGCUAAUUCACUUUAAGUUGCCGUUGUGUUGCAACUUGCAACAUUAGCUGAGAAUUCGGGCCAGUAUGGCUGAGGGAGAUGAAGGCAUUGAACUCAGGUUCAGGAUAUUUGAUGGGACUGACAUAUGUCAAGGCAUUUAUGCCCAGUCUACUACCAUUACUUCUCUUAAGCAAAGGCUUCUUGCUGAGUGGCCUCAAGAUAAAUCUGUCAUCCCAAAGUUAGCGAGUGACAUAAAACUGAUUCAUGCUGGAAAAGUAUUGGAGAAUGGCAGGACACUUGGAGACUCUAGAGUACAUAUUGGUGACCUUCCCGGAGGGGUUAUUACUAUGCACGUAGUGGUACAGCCUCAACUUACGAAAAAGAAGUCAGAUAAGAGCCAGCGGGAGAAAGAAAAGGGGAAUUCAUGUUCAUGCACUAUCUUGUAAAUCAAUUCACAUGGAGUGUAUCCAUGAGAUUGGAAGUGUAUUCACAUUUUUACAUUCCUUUAUAUUUUUGUUUUUACUGUAUUACAAGUUGCAGCUCAGUGAGAGUGAAGACUAGUAAUGGAAGAAAAACUUCCCAAUAGUGUAUGCUUUUAGUGAAUUGUAACUUUUUGAGAUGGCUGUUUGUUGGAGUGCAAAUACAGAAAGAAAGGGAAAAAUGUCCGAUUGACAUAUACUGCUUAUAAUAUGUUCUCUCUUUAUUUGUAUUCAA